CUUCUUCUUCUUCUUCUUCUUCUUCUUCUUCUUCUUCUUCGUCUCUGACAAAGUUAUGGGCGAACAGCAAAUCUCAGCUUCAGUGCCGCGUGACAGAACCGACGAACAGGCUAUCUUGGCUUUGAAGAAAGGUGCACAACUUCUGAAAUGUCGGAGAAGAGGAAACCCAAAGUUCUGUCCUUUCAAACUCUCCAUGGAUGAGAAGUAUCUGAUUUGGUACUCAGGACAAGAAGAGAGACAAUUGAGAUUGAGCUCGGUUAUAACGAUUGUUCGAGGACAGAUCACGCCAAACUUUCAGAAACAAGCUCAACCAGAUCGAAAGGAGCAGUCUUUUUCACUCAUAUAUGCAAAUGGAGAACACACUCUUGAUCUUAUAUGCAAGGAUAAAGCACAAGCAGACUCUUGGUUUAAAGGUCUUAGAGCAGUGAUAACGAAGCACCACAAUGCUAGAUCUUCUGCGAAUCUAAGGACGAGCAGGGGAGCUCAAAGUUGCAUCAAUAGUCCUGCUGGUUUUAUACGCAGGAAACAGAAUCUUGGACUUCUUGAAGAGACCCCUGACUUCACUCAGAUACGCAGUUUAUGUGGAAGUCCAUCUACAUUACUUGAGGAACGUUGUUUAUCGAAUGGUUUGUCAUGUUCUUCCGACAGUUUUUACUCCGUUGAAUCAGCUGCUUCUGAUGGCUUUGGUCCAGUUUCUCCCCACUAUGAAACAGAUUAUAGUCUGAGGAACUCAGAUUGUGACCGAAUAGGUUCACAGAGGUUUGUUGCUUCUCCUCCUCCUAGUAUCAUAACUCAAACGACUACAAGAUCAAAUGUCCUCAAGGACAUAAUGAUUUGGGGAGCUACAACGGGUCUUCUUGAAGGAUCAAAGAAUCAAAACGAUGCGUUAUCUCCUCAGCUUUUAGAAUCUGCCACCAUGUUUGAUGUACAAAGUAUAUCUUUAGGUGCAAAACACGCUGCUCUGGUUACAAGACAAGGAGAAGUGUUCUGUUGGGGAAAUGGAAACAGCGGUAAGCUUGGACUUAAAGUUAACAUUGACAUCGACCAUCCAAAACGAGUUGAGUCACUAGAAGGUGUUGCGGUUGGAUCAGUGGCUUGUAGUGAUCAUCAAACAUGCGCUGUUACAGAAUCCGGAGAGCUGUAUCUGUGGGGAAUCGACGGUGGAACCAUUGGAGAAUCAGGAAGACAAUUCUUAACUAGGAAAAUAUCCGAUCUUUUUAGCGGUUAUUUGAGUGUUUCUAGCGUCGCUUGUGGCGCGUGGCACACGGCGAUUGUGACUAGUUCCGGUCAGCUUUUCACUUAUGGUAGUGGAACCUUUGGAGUUCUUGGACAUGGGAGCCUUGAGAAUGUUACAAAACCGAAAGAAGUUGAGUCUUUGAAGCGAAUGAAGGUAAUAUCCGUCUCUUGUGGACCGUGGCACACGGCUGCAAUAGUGGAAACUGCUAUCGACCGGAAAUAUUACAAUGCUAAGAGCUCCGGGAAGUUGUUUACUUGGGGAGAUGGAGAUAAAGGACGGUUAGGACAUACAGAUAGCAAGAGAAAGCUCUUGCCAACUUGUGUCUCCGAGCUAGCUGACCAUGACUUUAUUAAAGUCUCUUGUGGAUGGACUUUAACGGUUGCACUCAGCGUUCGUGGAACGGUUUAUACAAUGGGAAGCUCAAUCCACGGACAGUUGGGAUGUCCACGGGCAAAGGAUAAGUCGAUAAAUGUUGUUUUAGGCAAUCUUACAAGACAGUUUGUUAAAGAGAUUGCUUCUGGUUCACAUCAUGUAGCAGUGUUAACUUCGUUUGGAAAUGUUUAUACUUGGGGAAAAGGCGUAAACGGACAGCUUGGGUUAGGUGACGUUAGAGAUAGAAACUUACCGGUUCUUGUUGAGUCUUUAGGGGAUAGAUUGGUAGAGAGUAUAGCUUGCGGGUUGAAUUUGACGGCUGCGAUCUGUUUGCAUAAAGAGAUCUCUUUGACUGAUCAAACCGCUUGUAGUUCUUGCAAAUCGGUUUUUGGAUUCACGAGGAAGAAGCAUAACUGUUACAACUGUGGUCUCUUGUUCUGUAACGCAUGUAGUAGCAAGAAAGCUGUCAAUGCUUCUUUGGCACCAAACAAAAGCAAGCUUUCUCGAGUUUGUGAUUCUUGCUAUGAUCAUCUAUGGAGAAUAACAGAGUUUUCAAACAAUGUUAAGAUGGAGAAGAAUCUUACUCCAAAGAUGCAGUUGGUUACACGAAGGGUAUCUGAGGAAUGGACAGAAACAGAAUCAGAGAAUCAGAGGCAGAAUCUUCCACAAGCUAAUGAACAACCUCGAUGGGGACAAGUCUCUGUUCCUUCUCUGUUUCAAUUUGAUAAAAUGUCACUCUCUUUGAGAAGUCCUAGGAAUCUAUCAGUCUCUUCAAGAAGACCAUCUUCUUCAAAGAUUUCAACCUCGUCUGAGUCGAAUAAGAUCUUAAUCGAAGAAAUCGAAAGGCUAAAAGCCGAGGUAAGAAAUCUCCGGAAGCAGUGUGAACUUGGUAAUGAUAAGAUUGAAGAAUGUCAAAGAGAGCUCGCGAAGACAUCAGAAGUUGCUAAAGAAGAAGCUGAGAAGUCUAAAGCUGCUAAAGAGAUUAUAAAAGCUAUGGCCUCAAAGCUUCAAACGAAUAAGGAUAAACAGAGUAAUCUUAAGACCGGCAUUGCGUGUAAUCCUUCUCAAGUCUCACCAAUCUUUGAUGAUUCCAUGUCCAUUCCAUAUCUUACACCAAUCACCACGACUUGUUCACAAUCCGAAAACAAACAAGUUGUAGAAAAAAGUGUCACGAAAUGCUCGAGCCGUGACAGUAACAUUAGGCUAUUAGUAGAUGCAUCGCCUGCUAUCACAAGAGCAGGGCUUCUCCUGAACGGAACACAAGAAUCAAAAGCAGAACAAGUGGAGCAAUACGAGCCUGGUGUAUAUAUAACUUUCACGGCUUUGCCUUGUGGUCAGAAGACGCUUAAACGCGUACGAUUUAGUCGAAAGAGGUUUUCAGAGAAGGAAGCGCAAAAAUGGUGGGAGGAGAAGCAAGUUCUGGUCUAUAAGAAGUAUGAUGCUGAAGCAUGAACUAACUCUAAUCGUAUUUUUUUUUUU